CUGCGUCAGCAGGCGUUUGGUGUGUUGCGACACCACGGACCCGAGCACAUGGGGGUUGGACCCUCCCGCGUCUAACCGUGCGCGGCUUAGCCGUGUCCGGGGAAAAGGGGAUCCUGGAGGUUGAGCCGAAGCCGGGAUUUGGACCUUUAUGGCCCCCCGGCGGAGGCAACACACCUCUUUGGCCUCGGCUUCACGUAGACGGCACCCCCGGACUGACCCACCCGGGGGAAAUCGGUAGUUGCCUUUUCCUGUCUCUCUCUCUCUCGAACCUUCGCCUUUCUGUCUCUCUUUGCAUCUCUCCUGUCUUCUUUUCACUUCCUUUUACUUCCAAUUUUCCAGGCAGCAAGGGUUAACCUGGUGUAAUUUAUCCAACCUUGGGUCUAUUAUAUUAGGUUAUAGUGGCUAUGUACAGCUGGCGUCUGCGUCUCCUUCGGGUCUCGUAGCGUCCCCUUGUUGGGCUCGGUGGUGGGUGGCUGGCAUAGCUGCCGAAAUCAGUGUUACCUUUAUGGCUUUUUCGUCAUUUCCCCCACUCCUUGAUCGCCCUCAUAAACGAGGGCGCACCGAAGAAGUUUUCAAGUUUUUUGGCCACCAAGUAGAUAACUUUCCACGAUUUCACGUGAUACACUCAGAGAAAACUGAAAAGUCAGCAAGAAUCAUCUCACCUUUCCUGGUUGCGAAAUCACUGAUUGAAACUUUUGGCCCAGGUUACAAAGUCUCCAAGUUGGCAAGCGGGGAUCUACUUCUUGAACUCCGCGAUAAAAUGCAAUAUGAAAAGCUACCUAAACUUGUGUCUUUCGGGGCCAUUCCUGUGAGUGUCACCCCCCACCGUUCUAUGAACACCAUUCGUGGUGUCAUCUCCGAUGAUGAUCUAAUGGAGCUUACUGAGACUGAACUUUUGGAGGGAUGGAGUGACCAGAAUGUCAUCAAUGUGAAAAGAAUUAAGAUGAGACGUGAUGGUAAAGAGAUUCAAACAAAGCAUCUAAUCCUAACAUUCGGCUCAAGUGUGCUUCCCGAGAUUAUCGAGACAGGCUAUGUAAAGAUCCGAGUCAGGCCCUAUAUCCCGAAUCCCCUCCGCUGCUUCAAAUGCCAGAGGUUUGGCCACAGUUCUCAGAACUGCCGAGGCCGAAUAACCUGUGCCAAAUGUGCUGAUGAACAUCCGUCUGAAUCUUGUGAGAACGCGCCACACUGUGUAAACUGUGAUGGGGAGCACGCCGCGUACUCGCGGUCCUGUCCAUCUUGGAAGAAGGAGAAGGAGAUCGUAACGAUCAAAGUCAAAGAGAACAUAUCAUUCAGAGAAGCACGAAGGCGGGUUUCCUACCUGCCGAAGAAUAGCUUUGCCGAAGUGGCGCGUCAGGGGGCAGCGCCACAACGGCCUCUGGCGGCUGCCCGGCCCGCACACAGUGAGCCGGCGGUGACGCCAUCCGCCCCCUCGGCGGCUGCAGCUAGCGCUGCGCCGCCAUCCCAGAAAAAGGGGCCAUCGACCUCCGGGCUGGUGGCCUCAAGGGUCUCGUCUCUUGAGACGAGGCCUCCACGUCCAACACAGCGCUUGCAAGAGCGCGUGUCCAGCGCCCUGCAAGAGGCGAUGGACACAACAACCAGCCAGACGGCGCCAUCAGUUGAACGCAUCGUCAGCGAUCCCCUUCAGCACGCGGCUAACCUUGUCUGA